GCCAAGAGCAAAUCUAAGUACAUCCUGGUGAAGAUGAGGAGUACGGCGGAGACGGGAUACUGCUUCAACGUCAGGAGGCUGCGGCUGCAGGAGAAAAUGGUCCUGCUGAAGUACGAUCCCAUCGCAAAACAACGUGUCCUCUUCACAGAGAAGAGAAAGAUCCGCUCCAUGUGAACAAUGCCUGGACUGGAUUUAUGCAUGAGGAGAGGACAGUCUGGGGCGAGGACGGGGCGAAUGCUGAUUCAGAAAUCAAGCAACAUGGGCUGAAAAGAGAGGAAAUGAACUGGGAUCACCAUCUCCUGUGAUUUGAUGGCCAUUGUGAAUAAAACAAUGUAGAGAGAGAAAAUUCUUCGUGUCUGGACAUAGAUCAUCACAGUAACAUUUAUUUAUCUUUCGAGUUAUUUUUACAGUACUCGAUUAAAAAAAUUAAAUAGCAAA